AUGAUGUUGAUCCUGUGCUUUGCCUUGCUUUUGCAAAGCUGCUCGUCUGACUGGGCAAGCAGUGUUCCAGCAGCCUUGGCAAGCGAUGAUGAGCGUCUGGCCCAGUCAAGUGUGUAUCAGAUGGCAGCCGCAACUGCUCUGUUUCUGCUCGCCAGCUGCGGGGCGAUCAGGCGUGCUGAGAUGGAGCAACCAUCCUUCAAAGUAAAUGGCAACCGCUUGCAGCUUUGGGAGUGCAUCGACUCAAACUCAGACCAGUCCUUCGACAUGUCCCAGUCCGGCAAGGGCCAUAUCCGGUGGUCAAACCAUCCAGACAAGUGUUUAGAUGUCCGGGAUCAUGGUGACUGGAAUGGGAACCAGUUUCAGAUUUGGUCGUGCGGUGCCAGCAACAGUGACCAAAACUUUGCACUCGAUGGCGGCGGCUCAUCUUUGCCGACUGAAGCUCCCGUUUCCGAUGGGUUUGACGUGAUUGUCAUCGGUGGUGGCCUCAUGGGCUCUGCAGUAGGAGCUCGGCUGGCGAGCAAGCUAGACGAGAACCAGUUCCGUGUGGCGCUGCUGGAAGCAGGAGGCGCUUCUCAAGCGAGCCUGGGCGGAACGGAGCCUCCUGCAUCCUGGCAAGGACGGCCGGGCCGCUGGGUGAACUGGGCCGACAACUUACCCUUUACACGGUAUGACGUUCCUGGCAAUUAUGAGGCUCUCCAGUGCUGGGAUAGAACAUGCCCGCAAUCCUGGGGCCAUGAUGUCCCCUACUUUCAAUGCAAGGUGCUUGGGGGCUGUGGGGUGAUGAAUGGAGCCUUGGUACAAAGGCCUCAUCCUGCAAACAUGGAGUCCUGGCCCAUUGGCUGGAAGAUGCCAGACUUGGAUCCCUACUUCAAAGAAGCUGCGGCCUUGUUUCAUAUCACCACCACGCCAAGCAAGGACGGCAAGCACUACCUGGAUAGUACUGGCGCAGAUUUCAUGCGUUCCGUGCUCGAGAAGGAAGGCUUUGUAAAGUCUGAUGAUAUCACCAAACGAGCUGGGGCAAUGAGCAUUCCACAUGUCGCAGCAAAGGAUGGGUUGCGUCAGUCGACAACCUCGGAACUCCUGCCCCAGGCAUUGCGCCGCAAACACUUCGAGCUGCACCUGGAAGCAGAGGCCAUGGAGAUCAUACACGAAGCAGGUCUGGCGAGUGGAGUUCGGGUCACGCAUGCCGGCCGCACAAAAGUCUUUCGCCUUCGACCCAAUGGUCUUGUGGUCAUGGCAGCCGGUGCGCUGAACACGCCGCGGCUUCUGAUGCAGAGUGGCUUGCAAGGAAAGGCACUUGGAGAAGAGCUGUCUGAUCACACUUUGGUUUCUCUGAUCUAUCGCACUCGCGAACAGUCAGCUUUUGGCGCAAAUGAGAGCUUUGACAUCAGGCCACCCAGUCCCAGCGCAGUAUGGCAGUUUACACAGACAAGAUCUGGUCCAUUGGCACAAUAUGGCCCAACUCUAACAGCAUUUCUGCGUGAUCCGUCAACCUCAGGCCCAGCAGAUGCAUACGAUGUCGAAAUGUGGGUCAACCCGAUCAGCCGUCCAGGCGAAGUCCAUGUCAGCCUGGCGCUGAUGCGCCCCACUUGCUCCAGAGCCACGGCCCACUUAGCCGGCGGUGCUGUAGGAUUGAAAAGCAACCGCCUCUACCUGGGCUGCAGUCGGGACAAGCAAACCAUGGCUUUUGCACUUAGUCAGGUGGAUAAGUGGCUCCAGGGGCAGGGAGCCCGGCGCGUUCGCAAGUCUAGCCCUGAGGCUAUGAGUCAUUUUGCAGGCACUUGUGGUUUGGGGCGUUGUGUGGACCCUUCCACGUUGAAGCUCCUGGGCACGGGCAAUGUGGCUGUAGCAGAUGCUUCCAUACUUCCUGGACAGAUUUGGGGACAUCCUUUCCUGACUUUGACUGCCAUGGCCUUGAAAGCAGCGGACCAUCUUGCAUCUUCUUUUGAAUGA